AUGGAGUUCAUGACCGCCCUCCGGGGCUCCUUUGACGAUCAGAAACCGUCCCUCUUUGAAUUGCUGUCGGAGCAGCAGCUCAACUCCCUCCUCCCGCCGACGAUCCGCUACCUCCUUACCGUCGCAACACAGCGUUACCCGCGUUACCUGCUCCGCGCCCUCAACUCUUUCGACGAGCUCUACGCGCUGUGCAUGCUCGUCGUCGAACGCCACUACCUAAAGACUCGCGGCGGCAGCUUCACCGAGCACUUCUACGGCCUCAAGCGCGAAAAGGCCUUGCACGCCGAGAUCCCGCGCGCCAGUGCCUCCGCCCCGGAUAUCGUCCGAGACACGCUGAAGCUGUCGACGAAGGAUGUGUGGAUGAACCUUGCCGUCAUGGUGGGCAUUCCUUACCUCCGCCGCAAGCUUGACGAGGGCUACGAGGUCAACGCCCCGCGCGCCCUGCUGGGUGCCGCAUACACCCAGAUGCCGCCGAACCCGACGCUGAAGCAGCGCUUCCUGCACUACUACCGCUGGUUUCUGAGGAACAUCUACCCUAGCGUCAACGCAGCAUAUUACUUUGCGCUGCUGUCUUUCAACCUCGCGUACCUAUUCGACAACAGCAAAUACCACAACCCCUUCAUGUGGCUCAUCGGCUCGCGAGUGAGGAGGAUGACAGGCGCAGAUUACCAGGCCAUCGAUGCGCUGACCAGCGGCAAGCCCACCGGCAAGGGCGGCGCGCCUCCCGGCUGGCGGUCGUUGUUCUCGCCGCGGGAGAUGGGACCGCGUGUCCUGUCCAGUCUGUCGCUGCUGCUACCGAUGAGCAUCUUUGCCCUCAAGUUUCUAGAGUGGUGGCACGCGUCAGACUUUGCAAAGCAGCUGUCACGCAAGGCGACGGAGACGCUGGAUCUCCCGCCACCCGUGGUCUCGGGGCUGACGGGCAAGGGAGGAGCGAGGGCUGCCAAGGGCGGCGCCGAGAAGGGCAAGGGCAAGGAGAAGGUUUCUGGUGGCGACGACGACAACGGCGAUGAGGCAGCGGCUGUUCCGGCCGCGGAGACGGCGCCCAUCGCGACGCCCUCCUUGUUGCCUAUUUACACGGUCCCUGUCCCCGAGGAUUCUGCAAUGUGUCCCGUCUGCGAAGAGCCCAUUGUCACCCCGACGGCGUGCCAGACUGGCAUUGUCUUCUGCUACUCGUGCAUUCACCGCUGGGUUGAGGGCGUACAUCCGAAGCAGGAAGAGUUUAUGGCGGAUAAAGAGGGCAAGUGGGAGAGCGGCCAGGGACGAUGCGCGGUGACAGGCCGACGCGUCCUGGGUGGCACGGAGGGGUUGCGGAGGAUCAUGGUGUAA